AACUUCAGACUUUGAUGGCGGUUUUUUUUCCUCCCGGUUUUUUUUUAUUUUGAUUUUUUAUUUUCAGAACGAGUUUGGUUUGCAAGUCCUUUUGAGGCGAGAACGAUUUGAGAGAGUGUGUUUUGUUUGCUUCUCUUUUGGCCGUCCGUCCAUUCAUCCAAAUCGCACACUCGGACGGAGCCUACGGAGGAGUUGUUGCACAACCUGUCAAGGGUGACAACGCACAAACGACCGAAUAGCCCCAUCCGCUCAGGCCGUAAACCAGGAACUCGUCCCGCGGAGACACUUAUAAUACUGCCCGUUGGUCUCCAUUUUUCCUCGGCCGUGUUGACAGCCGAGGUUCAUGCAGCCGAACCCGCUAUUUGCAGGACAUUGUUACCUACACGACAAACACGUACACGCUAAGCUUGAGAUGAGCGUGCAGAGUAUAGGAGAGAGCGCGGCAGUGCUGGAUCAGUUUUUGGGGAAUCGACCGGAGACUCAUUUCGGACUAGGGGAAAAUUCGUACUUGAAUGUCCAUGUCCAAGAGGCGGUGAUGUGCUCACCUGCCUUUGAAUCGCAGCAACGAGACAUCGACGUGUCGUCCAUGAACGGGACGGAAGGUAUGAUUCCGCCUCCUGUGGCGCCUAUGGCUUUAGGCAGCUGGUACGAUGGCUCAAAGGGACAGGCUUUAUCCUUGGAUGAGUUUGACCUUGGAUCCACUGAUGAAAUUUCGGUUGGAUUGAGCGGAAACGAGACGGGCGACUUGACAGCGUUGCUCGGCACCAACAUGUCUGUCAACCACAGCGGUAGUUUGACAAUGUUUGAACAAUUGAUCAUGUCGCCGCCAACGUACACGACUCCUCCCGUCACUUCUCCUCCGCAAGUCGCCCAACGGCAACGCAGCUUCCCAUCCCCUUACCCAGGCAUGUACGCAUCUCCCGCUAUCAACAUUGUCACACCAGAGUCGACUAUUAUUUCUACACCGUACCAAAACUUUACACCAGAUCCUGUUUUUUCCAUGGAUUCUCUGUUGAAUGAACUGGCCUCUCCUGCUGCCGCUUGUAUGCCACCUAGUCAACCAUCGACAAACAGUCCCGUUUUAUCGUUGCUCGAUGAGCUUGAGUCAGAGCUCAAGUAUUUGCAUACCCACGACACACAUGAUACAAGAUCGAUAACGGGAUUCAUGAGUAGUGCGGUCUCACCUUUCGCUCCUCCAGUGACGGAACCCACAGUGAAUCCCCAGUCGUCUGGAUCGGAACACGAUGUGGCAAUGAAUAAAUUGAUGCGCGCCCUCUCGAUUGUUCGAGCUCGGCGCAACGCUCGUUCGAGCGAUCCGCAAAGUUCUCAUCCGACACCUCCGGUGGAUCCCGUCGUUCCAAACACCAGUUUCGUGUCAGAAUCUGGACAAUGGUCAAUCGAUUUGAGCCCUCCGAUACAAGGGCCUGUAUCUAACGAGGUGGAAAACAGCGCAUUCAACACGCUCUUGGCCCCACUUUCAUACGAUGCCUUGAAGCACGCUUCGGAAUCGGCAAAUGAUCUUAAUCAACAGCAGCCGCAGCCGUCACAUCCGGUGCCAUACCCUACACCGUCGGAAAGUUCCCCUUACCCAGCCCAGUUUGCGUCCCCGGCCGCUUCACCGGCUCUUCCUGCAUUUCUUUCCCCGCAUCCAGCGGCCACUUCCCCGGCAAUCCACUUUUUGUCUCCCUACUCUACGACAGUGUCUCCUGCAACCACUUUUUUCUCGCCCUACUCUACGACAACUUCACCAGCCGGAUCACCCUUCACGCCAUUCGACGAAGGAAGCUACGAAGCAGACGGUGUGAAUGGUAUACUCAAUCUGCUCAACAACUCUGCUACUGGCGGAUACCCGGAAACAGACACGCUUACCGGGACCUCACCCCGCAACCCUUCCCCACCAUCCACCAAUCCUCUCAUUACAACCCGCCGCAAGUCCAACACCAACCAUACAUCCACGCGUCACAGCCCCUCUCAAAAGACAUUCAAGUGCACCCAUGAGGGAUGCGGAAAAGUCUUUACGAGAAUGUAUAAUCUCAAAUCUCACGCAAAGGCACAUACAGGUGAACGACCCUACGCCUGUCCAGCUUGUCCAAUCACCUUUUUGCGCAAACAUGAUAUGCGGAGACACUAUGCUUCGUUACAUGACACGGAGAAAGCAUAUCGGUGUCCAAAUUGUGGGAGUGGGUUCGCGCGUACGGAUGCGCUGAAACGACAUAUGGAAGUUGAGUCGCGUAUGGGGAUGCGAGGUGGGUCUGUGCAGGAGGGUAUGCAUUUGGGGUGAUGUUGUGUUCUUUUGAGACUUCUGGUGUAUAUAAUUGCCUGAGAAUGGCGGAAAUCUUUAUUUUGCAUGUUUUAUUGCAAGCGUAGGGUUUGCUUUGUUUGCUUUGUUCUGCGGCUUUUUCAUUUUAUGUAAAUACCAUUGAUAUAUAUUUUUUUUAUAUAUGUUUGGGGGUUUUUCUGCUUUUAAA